AUGCCAGGUCAAGGAGAAACUGAAGAAGAUCAUGAACAACAAAAAAGCAAAAAACCAGCUGAUACAGCUUUUAAACAACAACGUUUACCAGCAUGGCAACCAAUAAUAACUGCUAAUACAGCACUACCGGUGUUUUUAAUUAUCGGUUUAACAUUUAUUCCAAUUGGUAUUGUACUUGUUAUUACAUCCGAACGAGUACUUGAACAUGAUAUUGAUUAUACUGAUACAAAUUGUAUGAGUACUACUGCAGCAAAUACAACGUGUGCACAAGCUUUAGAAAAUGCAAAUUAUACUGGUCAAACUUGUACCUGUAGAAUAAAUUUUGCUCUAGACAAAUCAUUUGAUGGUGACGUUUACUUUUAUUAUGGUUUAAUAAAUUAUUAUCAAAAUCAUCGUCGUUAUGUUCGAUCUCGUGAUGAUAAUCAAUUAUUAGGUAAAGAAGGUGCAGCUGCAAGUGAAUGUCAACCAUUUCAAAAAAAUAGUACUGGAAGUGGUAAAGAUUAUGCACCAUGUGGUGCUAUUGCAAAUUCCAAAUUCAAUGAUACAUUAUCUUUAUUAUAUGGAAGCGAAAAUGUUUCAGUUACAAAUCUUGGCAUUGCAUGGUCAACAGAUAAAGCAGUCAAAUUUAAAAAUCCAGAUAAUGCUUCAAAUUAUUUUUCAUCUACACAUGACAAGCCACCAAAUUGGAAAUUAUCAGCAUGGGAAUUAGAUGAACCCAAUCCAGAAAAUAAUGGUUAUCAAAAUGAAGAUUUUAUUGUUUGGAUGCGAACUGCUGCAAUGCCAACGUUUAGAAAAUUAUAUAGAAAAUUAUUAAGAAAUUCUACAUUUCAAAAUGGUUUACCAAAAGGAGAUUAUACUCUUGUUGUUACUUAUAAUUAUCCAGUAACAAGUUUUGCUGGACGAAAACAAUUUAUAAUAAGUACAACAUCAUGGAUGGGAGGAAAAAAUCCAUUUCUUGGUUGGUCUUAUAUUGCUGUCGGAAUUGUGUGUAUGAUUACAUUCGUCGUCUUUUUUAUUCUUCAUAAAACAUGGAAAAUUAAUAAUCCCUUCACAUAUCAAAUGGCUUCAAUACAAAAUAAUCAAAGAAUAACAACAACAUAA